GCCCAAUCGCGUUACACCAGCUGGUUUUGAACGCGCGCCAACUCGACCGACUCGACGCAAAAACAAGUUCGAACGAGUCACAACACAACAAAUCCUCACCAAAAAAACACAACAACGCACCGGCUACUGCAAUUAAGUGCUUCCCUAAAAUCCAUUUUUACCUCAGACCUCCAUCCAGUCAGAUCAUUCACAAACCGCACGUAAAACGCACAACAAACACAAAAGUGCAAACGACGAGCGUUCGUUGACUGGGUAUUAAAAUUUUAUACAAUACCGAUUCACUUGGCGCAUUCACAGUGUGUUUUAAAAAUAGAAACGGCAAGUCAUCGAUGUGUUUAUAGUUCAAUGUUUGUGUUAUCUCACUAAUACCAUAGAGUGAGAUUAGUAGUUCAAACAGCACUUUUUUCAAAAUAACAUAUUCCUGUGUAGUGUAUCGCAUAGAGUGUGUGUAACAAUUGCGUGCGCCUGCAGGAAGUCGAAAUAUCGAAGUUAAAAGAUAUGCGACACAACAAACAAUCGCUUUCAUUGAUAGAGUGUUUCGUUUGGCGAGAGUUGCGGGGGACUGGCCGGAUUCGCACGUUUCGAACGCGUGCCGCGUUCCGCAGGAAUUGCACAACAUUUUGUAAUUCGAGUGUAAAAGGCGCCGAGGUGAUUUGGACGACCGGAAAUUGAAUCUCGUGAAACUUUUAUUAUCUCGCCAGAAUGUUGAGAGUUCAGCACGCUCAACUCUUCUCUUGGUGAGAUACUAAAAGUCAACAUUUUUACAAAAACCUUCGGCGAACAUAUUUACCGUUCACCAUGGCCGUACCCGCAAUCUACGGACUGUCUUGCGCUUCGUGGCGAGAACACAACGACCAAAUCGGCAGGAUCAACCAGGCGAUGAUCAAACUGGAGAUCGCGGACCACGAGGAUCUGCGCUAUUCAGUCGAUCCGCACCUUGUCCAGCCGACGCUCGAGGAUCUGCUAAUCGAAAGAAAUUCGGAGAGAAGUUGUUCAGCGAGCCCGGAGGACGUGCAGCCGUUACCAAUCGUGGACGGCAGCGUCCAAAUGGAGCAUUGUAUCAAUUUGGAUUUGUAUCUGGCUCCGAUACGCGACACGAUGGAAUCUUUCUAUACAGAUGAACUCGAUACGCCUGAUACAUUCGUUUCAGCAGCUAGGAAUGAUCCUAAUAAGAUUAUAAAUACUACAACGCAUCAGAAGCAAUCGGAUGGCAAUCCAUUCAAUUUUUCAACAACUGCAGCACAGCCGAUCGUAAUACCGACGGCAAAAUCAGCAACCAGCAUAAUCGAAUCAAAAUCAACAACCAAAAGUAUUCAGAACACAAUGAUUAACUUCACAUUCGAUACCGAAAACAGUAAAAACCAGAUGCCCGAAUCAUACGAGAGUAUGGCGGACCCCUGGUCCAACGCGGCCGACGGGUCCGCCGACUGCGGCAGCCUGUUGUCACCCAAUCACUUUGAUUCGGCGGACAUCAAUAUGGAGGAAUAUGAUUUCCUUCUCGAUUGCCAAGAUGCCAUCGACGCCGACGUCGAUGACGCCAACAACGCGAGCAACUCUAUGGAUUAUAAUAACGCUACGCACGCCGCGCCUAUUGAAGCGGCGCAUACAAUCAACGAGCAUCACAACUAUGCGCUCAACACACUCAAGUUAAACAUUGAUCAUUUGGCUAACCUACAGCCCCAAAUGGAUGUCUUACAAACGCCCGACAUCAUUAGCACGAUACUACAAUUUGAAAAUCCUUCAAAUCUGAAUAAUAUUCAUGUUAAGUUUGUAUCAGCAGAAGAAAUUAAAGAAGAACUCGAAGAACUGGCCCUGAGUCCCACACACUCUGAUAAUUCUCCGCAGCCACAAACACCUGAUACGUACGCACAAGAUGACGAAUCUUCGAUGCAAUCGUCCAUUGCGUCCACAUCAACUGCUGCCGUAACAGUGAGAAGUAAUCGCGGGCGCCGACGGAAACAAGUUUCCGAUGAUGAGGAGUACAUCCCGCCUGAGAAAACCGCGCGCAAAACCACCAAGCGACGCGUCAACCUCCCCAUCAAGGUUGAAGACUCAGACGAGGAGUACACCCCGGCAAAGAUACCGAAACGCGGACGCCCUGCGAAACCGGUCAGUGCGCGGUCGUCAGAAUCUUCCGAAUGCUCGAGAUACCGCGAAAUGCGCGACAAAAACAACGAAGCAUCGCGACGCUCGCGGCGGAAACGCCGCCUGCAGGAGCAGACCAUCGAAGAAGAUUGCGAGGUGUUAAACGAGAAGAAUCUACGACUGAAGGCGCAAGUCUCAGAGUUAGAAAACUCAGUAGCGGUCUACCGCAAUAAUCUGAUGAAACUUCUGCUGAACAAAGCUUAACUUGAUCUUAUCUCUAAAGUGUUACAGUAUCUCAGUCCACCAGUAGUCGUGUGUGAUCACGUUUUGCAUGCACUGUGGGGCAUACAAUGUUUAAUUUAUUAAUGAUGAGUCUAACUCAGAGUUUAACUCAUAAGAACUAGGAAAGAAGCGCAUAGUUUGAGCUGUAUAAUACUUAACCAACUAUUAUAUUACAAUGAAAAAAAAGCACAAAAUAAGUGAGAAGAAAACCAUAACAAAAAAAUAUGUUUCAAAUUGGUUAAGGGUUCAAUUAUACUGUGAGUGUUUUCUUUUCGAUAAUGCGUACUUUUACAUUUUAUAAAUGUGUUAUACAGUUGUGAUGAUUUGUUGAUUGUAAUUAAUUAUAAAUGCAUUUAGUGAGUGGAGAAAUGCAUUUAGCAUAUAAGUUUUGUUUACCAAUUUACUUAUUGAGAUGAAGAAGUUUAGUGAGUAGAAUUAAAAUAUAUAAUCAGUUAAAUUUUAUUAAAGAUACAAUUGAUGUUUUAAAAACUAGUUUUAGUUUGAUUUUUAUAUUGUUCGUUUCAAGUUUGCAAUGUAACAUUUACUAUCCGUAUUAAAGAAAUGUUCGUAAACAACAAAAAAACAAAAA